AUGAUGUAUUUCGAAGAUUUAUCAAAUGAAAUUAUUCUUUGUAUAUGGGACGAGCUGUCAUCUGCUGAUGUUAUAUACAGUUUCUCUCAUCUUAAUCAUCGCACUGAUUCAUUAUUAAUUGAAUUUCAUGGACUUUACAAACGACUUGAAUUAGAUUAUUGUUCUUUAUCAGCUUGUCGAUUGCUAUGUAAACAGAUUCCAAAUUCGGUCCAAUGGCGUCUCGGUCUUACAGUACUGAAAUUGGGUAGUCUUCAUCGAUGUUCUCAAGUCAACAUGUUCGUAGAUGAAGUAUUCAAAUUCAUUGUCUCAAAUCAUUUUGCACGGAACCAAAAAACCGAUGCUGUUGAUUGUUCAAACGAUGUUUUCCAUUUAUUGAUAACAUAUAAUAAUCAAAUAAGACAACCAAUAUUUCCUCAAUUAACGUCGUUGUUUAUUUUUCAAUGUAGACCAAUCAGUGAUGACUAUCGAGAUGUACUACUAUUUUCUGUAGCUGGUGGAUCUUGUAUGCGUACAUUCACUUGGAUUGCUUGCCCGAAACAAACACAGCAUGACAAAGCUUUCUUCGAUUGGUUAUUUCGAUAUUCUCGUCGUCUAGAGAAAUUUGUAUUGGAAAUGGCUCGACAUCAAGAUGGUUUUGAACUUACUUAUGAACAUGCACUUAUGAGCAAAUACGAUUCUCAUUAUUCUCUCGUACAUCUCAAUAUUAAAGUUCUCAAUUUGAAUACAUUACAUAUACUUCUUCAUUAUCUUCCUCAGCUUGAACGUUUAGAUGUGUAUAUAACCAAUACUUUCUAUUCAAGUCCCACUAUAGAUCAAAAUCUACCAAGAAACUUGAAUUAUUCAAACAAACUUCGUAUUUUUAAUUUACGGUAUAUUGAAAUAACUGGCUUAGACUGUAGUUGUAUCGAACAGUUGAUAUAUAAAUUUCAUAAUACGUUAGAAGAUUUGUCAAUGUUUCUAAUACAUAAUUGUAAUGGCGUGAUUGACAAAUGUUUCGAUGGUCAUCGUCUUGCUAAUCUUUGUCAAAAAUUGCCUUGUUUACAAUCGUUUUCUUUUGCAUGUCGAUUACAAGUCUUAGAGCGACCUAGUAAUGAAAUACUUGAUGGUUUCAUUGGGGCUUUUCGUGAAUCAUAUUGGAUCGAUGGUCCUUUGGGUCUUAUACGAGUGUGUGUCAAUUACCAUCAAGUAUUGCGAGUUGUACAAAUCUAUUCUCUUCCGUAUAAAUUUUCGGAGAAUAUUGUCUACUGUACCAUUGAUUUCAUGGAUGUCAAAUUCAAUGUCAACGAACAAGAAAAUACAAUCAUACGAAGAAACAUGCCUAUGCCACUCGAAUUACUGUGGCAUCGAAUGAGAUGGCUCUGUGCAUCUUUCAUUGGAAAACAAAAAAUACCUGUUGCAUUUUUUGAGGCACUUCAGUAUCUACGUGGCCGUAACAAAGUGUUGAUUUUAUCAAGUGAGAGAGGAAUAUUACCGGAUAAUAUUGAAAAUCAUUUACAACUUACACACUUUUCGACGUUGCAAUUAAGAAAUUCGUUUGAUGUCAAUAGUAAUGAUGAUUUUCAAGAAUCUAUUCGUUGGCUUCGUCUCUUACCAUAUGCAAAAUGUUUAUAUAUUAAUUCAAUUGAAUUGAAAUACUGGUUGACUGAACGAUAUCAUUGUCAAUAUGUUGAUGCGUUCUUACGAAAUCUUGAUCAAUUACAUAUAGAUUGUUCAGAUAUUACUAACGUAAUGUUAAAUGAAGCACUGAUGAUACCUCUACUUACGUCUCUAAUUAAAAGAUAUGAUUUUCCUGAAUUAAAAUGUUUAUGCUUUUUCACGUGUAAACAUAUUUCAUCGUCAUGGAUUAAUAUCAGCAAAUGGAUUGAUUUUAUCUUAACUCAUUUUGAUCAACACAAACUCAAAUACGUUCGCUUUAGUUUCAGAGAAAAAGAAAAUGAAAUCAUCGACAUGAAGACCACCGAUGAAAUCAUCACUAGUACAGAAUCUGCAUGCAUUAUUGAUAUCCAUCGAUUUGUAUCAGAGAAUCAAAUUUCAUUUUGGAUGGAAAGAAAAUAA